CCAUCUUCAUUUUAAUCAAAACAGUGUGAAAUGGUCAAAGAAGUAUUUUGAUGAAUUGGAAUUGGCAGGAUUUGGUCAAGCAGUGAAUUCUUACAUUGUCCCACUAGUAGAAAUAAAUUACAUUUUCUUUUUUAUGUAUUAUGCUCUCUUUUUUUCCCUUUUUUUUUCUUUUUUAUCAACACGGCAAGAGAAUAAAAAGUAUAUAAACACAGUUUUGAUUUGACCAACAAUAAUGUACAAACAGAAUGGCGCCAUUAAUGUUCUCCUUCAGAUUUAUGUUCUUCCUUUCUCCCGUUUUGUUCCUCAUGAUCAGCACUCAAUCUAUAAGCCCAUGGUGUUACAACGAUAAAGGCAACUACACCACCAACAGUACAUACCAGACAAACCUCAACACCCUUCUCUCUUCUCUUUUUUCCCCCUCCAACAACGGUAAUGGCUACGGCUUCUACAACUCAUCCUACGGGGAAAACCCCGACCAGGUUUACGCAAUCGGGCUAUGUCGAGGGGAUGUCACGGUGGACAUUUGCCGUGACUGCCUCAGCAAAGGCACACAACAGCUCACACAGGUCUGUCCCAAUCAAAAGGAAGCUUUCGGCGUAUUUGACCUGUGCACGCUUCACUACGCCAACCGCUCCAUCUACGGAGCCAUUGAAACUUUCCCUGCUUUCCGGUGGUAUAACGUACAGAACGUGUCCAACGUCGACGGGUUUUUUCAAGAGCUGAGGACGCUACUGGAUGCCCUAAGGGGUCAAGCUGCAGGGAACGGUUCACUUCGAAAAUUUGCGGUAGGGACCGCAACCGCUCCCAACUUCCAAACAAUCUAUGGACUUGCGCAGUGUAGGCCGGAUUUGACCGAGCAGAACUGCAUUUAUUGCUUGGGUAGUUCUAUGGCAGAUAUCCCAGAAUAUUUUCCGGGGAAGGAAGGUGGUCUUAUUAGUAAACCCAGCUGUGAUCUUAGGUAUGAGAUCUAUCCCAUCGUUGACCGUACAACUGUCCGACCAUUGCCGUCUUCUUCACCGCCACUGUCUAGUCCUCCUCCCCCGUCAACCAGUACAGGAGGAUCGAAGAGUAACAGAUCUCAGAUUGUCAUCAUUAUUGUUGUGCCAAUUGUUGUUUCUGUGGUAGUGAUAGUUAUAUUCUUCUGCAUUUGUUUAAGAGUAAGGAGGACAAAGAAAAAACUUGAAACUGGGCAAGGAGAUUUAACUGGAAAAGAUAUAGCUGUUAAAAGGCUCUCUACAAAUUCUGGGCAAGGAGAUUUAGAAUUCAAAAAUGAGGUCUUGUUAGUGGCUAAACUUCAACACCGGAAUUUAGUUAGACUCUUAGGUUUCUGCUUAGAAGGAAGGGAAAGGCUUCUUGUCUAUGAAUUUGUCCCUAAUGCAAGUCUCGAUCACAUCAUAUUUGACCCAACAAAGCGUGCACAACUAGAUUGGGUGAGGCGCUACAAAAUCGUAGUAGGCAUUGCUCGAGGCCUCCUUUACCUCCACGAAGACUCUCGCCUUAAAAUUAUUCAUCGUGAUCUCAAAGCUAGUAACAUCUUGAUAGAUGCAGAAAUGAACUCCAAAAUUUCAGAUUUUGGCAUGGCAAGGUUGUUCGUUCUUGAUCAAACGCAAGGCAAUACUAGUCGGAUUGUUGGGACCUUUGGGUAUAUGGCUCCAGAGUAUGCAAUGCAUGGGCACUUUUCUGUUAAGUCCGAUGUCUACAGUUUUGGUGUGUUAGUUCUAGAGAUAGUCAGUGGACAAAAAAAUAGUGGCUUCAGGCAUGGAGAAAAUGCGGAGGAUCUUCUAAGCUUCGCCUGGAGAAGUUGGAGGGAAGGGACAGCUUCAAAUCUAAUAGAUCCCACAUUGAACACUGGUUCAAGAAAUGAAAUAAUGAGAUGCAUCCACAUUGGAUUAUUAUGUGUGCAAGAAAAUGUAGCUGAUAGGCCAACCAUGGCUUCUGUUAUUCUCAUGAUGAAUAGCUACUCCUUCACUCUCCCAGUGCCCUCCCAACCUGCAUUUUAUUUGCAUAGAAGCAUUGGAUUGGACAUGUCGUUAUGAUCUGAAUAUAAUUCAGGGGCAACAAGGUCAGAUCGAUCCAAGAGUAACUCUGUCAUGGUAAUGGAAUAUGAGACUUUUACUGAACCACAUCCUCGCUAGUGGUUGAAGAUCGAUCCAAGUCUGUUGAUUUGUGGAGAAAACUAUCCAAGUGUGUUGAUUUUCAGGAUCUGGAUCAAUGUGAAUCAAACCAGAGUGUAAUUUAUUAUAUUUUUAUGACAAUUCUGUAUAAUGAAUAUCCUGUUUUUGAUGAUUCAUGCAUAUAGAAUAAUAUUGCUGAUGAGCUCCCGUUCAACCAUUCCUUUAGCAGCUGUUUUGUUGCCGGUGUUGCCUGAUGAGUCAUCAUUCAGGCUGAGGCAUGGGCUGGUCUUGUUCAUUGUGGGAUGCUUCGCUUCCUGGAACAUUCCAGCAACUAACAAGUCAUCAUUCAGGCUGGGGCAUGGGCUGGUCUUGUUCAUUAUGGGAUGCUUCACUUCCUGAAACAGUCCAGCAACUAACAAGCACAUAUCCUUGAUCUACUAUGUCCUUUUUUUCAUUGUUAGUAUCUAAGAUAAUGUAAAAUAUCAGAGACCCUAUAUGAAAAGUUAUUAUUUUAUUACUGUGUAGACUGCCUAUGUUAAUAUAUAAAGAGUCAAGGUAAUUAUCAACAUCGGGGAAACUCAUGGUGGGUGAGGGCCGUAGAGCGGAAUGGAGAGGACGGUGGUGGGUAGGGCUAAGUUGGAUCGGAAUGGAACCAAUUGGUAUCUGUGAAGUUGGUCCAGAUC